AUGUCCAUCAGCCGUAUAUCCAACUCUUUGGUGUCCGGCACGAACGAGAAUACCUUAGCUCUCGUCAACUUCAAUAUCGACUUUUCGCUCCUUAAACUCGAACCACCUCGAGAGUUUGCGGGCCUCGGCCUGUCACUCACGCAACAACGACGGGAAGUCGCCGAAGAGGGCUCUGUGCAUCGGACGGCUCGGCGUCUCGGGGCUCUUUUUGAGAAUUCCGCACCUAAGAGCCCCAACCUGAUCCGGGCCUAUGGAUCCAGAGUUUCGGAAAUAUCGCAAGGGAGCACCAAUGAAGACAUUCCACAACGACACGGAGUUUUCGCCCAGUGUGCAGGAGUCGAUGGAACGUCAGUAUGGGCCGCGGCGACCUCUGGAAUGUCGGCCAUUGCUGUUCACCUACUGGCUUGUAUGCUUGCUCGAGCCUGGUCAGGUCCUCAAGCGACAUCAAUAUGGGUCGAGAUCGUGGAGGAGAGGAGAAGAAUGCUAAGGAAGCAGAUAAGCGAUGGCCUCUACGAUAGUUCCGUACAACUUGGGCUGGCCGUAUCGGAGGACCUCUCCAGAAACGAUCUUGCUCAGUGGGAUGCUUCGACUAGAGCUUGGCUCCAGGUGGCCGACGAUAAUCAAAUUCGCCGCCAGAAGCAACUGAUGCUCAUCAUCAACAACGUCAACAUCCCGGUGAACCAGGGUAAUUCCUCAGUUUCGACAUAUGCCCGCGUCACUGAGGCCUGGAAGACAGCUUUAGAGGCUCUUGAGAAGCUCUUCAGUGGACAGUCUGAAAGCAUCUCAAAAGGAUCCAUUUUGCUCGGGCUUGCAUCCUGGCAUUUGUAUCCUAAUCUUCUCGUACUUGGGGAGAAAAUUACCACAAUCGACUUUAACGAUCCAGCCGUUGAAGGCAGCGGUCAGUUGACCAUUGGUCUUCGAAAUCCUGAUCCCGACAAGGACGAAGGGGUGUACUGGUCACUUUCAUUGGCCCACCUCAAGUUCUACGGCGAACCUGUCAAAGUUACCAGUUUCACCACACGGGAUGCGUCUAGGUUGAGCAUUGGCGAGUUUCAUCUACUUGUUCUUGGUAGUAUGAUCUCGGACUGG